AUAAUCGUUGGUGUGUCAUCUUUAGUUCUUGUGAAAUAAACAUUUUCAAUAAACAAGACGCGCACAUUCCUGUUCGUAUUAACGUAGUUGAAUAUGAGUGCCAUUGUGGAGACAGAAACCCCUGAUGGAAAUGAAACCGUCAGGGCGGAAGCUAAUGGCUCCGAUGACGGCCAAGCGUCCAAACGAAAGUCACCCCAACAAGACGAAAUCGACGAAAACAUUCAAAACAAACGCAUAAAACCGGAGGAGUCGGAGUCUGUGGUUCCCAUUAAAACCGAACCAAAUCCCGAUAUUUCAGUUGCAGUAAAAACCGAGCCGGUAGAUGAGGAUGCUGGGGCAGAGGCAGAGCCUGCUCCUGCUGCAGCCUCCAGCAGCGAUACUGGAAGCCUCCAGGUAAAAGCAGAACCACCUGCAGCGGCGGUGGUUAAAAUUGAACCCCCCAAUUCUAAUGGACAAGCCUCCGACGACUCUGCCGUGACGUCGAGCAGUCUCAGGCCGUCAUGCCGCUUCGGCAUUCGAUGUUACAGACGCAAUCCGGCACAUCGAAGUGCUGAAGCUCAUCCGGGUGAUUCGGACUAUCGCCGGCCCAACUUCCCCGAACCGCCACUCGGAACACCAGCUUGUCCCUUUGGCAACGCCUGCUAUCGCCGCAAUCCAGUGCACUUCCAGCAACAUUCCCACCCCGCAGAUUUCAAUUCCGCGCAGAACAUUCGCAAUCGUCUGCGCCAACGACGGGCCCAGCGGCAGAACGGCAACAGCGGACCCGCUGACGAGGAUGACUUUGGGACAGACGACGAGGACAGUGACCCAUUUGGAGGCGACAAUGACAACGAUGUGGACUAUCGUCCAGGAGCAGACAUUGACGAAGAUGAAGAGGAUGAGCUGGAGUUCGAUAGCCAGCGCAUUAACACAGAUGACUAUGACUAGCGGCGUAGCAUCUACUACCUACACAUUCAUUGUUACUUUAGAGUUAUCCGUUCCGAGUAUCAAGUUACUUCAAUAUAUUUUCCUUUGUUGUACGCUA